AUGCAAGAAAUUGCUCUCUUUCUGCCUCCCACCCGGGAAGAUCUGGCCGAAGACGCAACCGAGCUGCAUGACGUCAGUGACAACGCAGCCGGUUCACAGAGCCAGGGCUUAGGCGACCUGAGUACGGUUACUUGGCCGACGUCCUCGGGGCAAGAAAACCCCGAUUUUGAAGACAGAACAGAGUCCGAUGAACAGGCACAGCCGUCCGAUACUAUCGUGGAGUCAAAGUUCAAAGACGACCUCGUCGGGGCCACUCACAACGACCAUCCCGAUCGGACGGCAUGGUUGAGCAAGAGGAGCCUGACACUGCGCAUCGAUGACAUCCCAGCCCAUCACACUGAUAACCUGGACCGCAACCUGAAGUCUAUUCUUGAGGAGGUUCCGGACCUGCGGGGGGACGCCGAUACCAUGGUCCGUCGCUCUUUGGUGUCACAUGGGAACGACUCCCUUUGUGCUACUAUCUCGAUCAUCACAUCGCUCUCCGCAGACGACCUGUCCGCUCAGCUGCGCCGAGCUGGGAAUGGUUACCCGUAUAGCUAUACUUGUAGAUUCGAGGGAAUUACGCCGCUCUACGAGGAUAAGAACGGUGCAGAUGUCGACAUUAUUGCAGUACCCGGCUUCGGUGGCCACGCACUCGGCUCCUGGAAAUCCCCAAAUAGCGACGACGUCUGGCUACGCGACUUCCUGCCCAAGGACGUGCCCAAUAUCCGGGUGCUGCUCUACGGCUAUGAUACUACGCUGCCAGGCAGCCUCUCGAAGCAGUCUAUCGAGGACUUGGGUGGUGCCUUGCUGGAACAAAUUAUUGCCUAUCGCGCGAGUGACGGGACCUCUCACCGCCCGAUCAUCUUUAUCGGCCAUAGCCUCGGCGGCCUACUUAUCAAAGAGGUGCUUGUUCGUGCGCGCAGGAGAGAUAGUAAUGCGAACUCUAACCUAUCCAAAGCCUCAUAUGGAUUUCUUUUCUUCGGCGUGCCCAACCUCGGCCUACGAAACGACCAACUAAGGACUCUUCUCCGAGGCCAGCCCAAUGAGGCCUUUAUUCACGAUCUCCUCGUCGAUAAUAACUCUGAGCCACCAACCUUUCUGAAGAGACUUGCGGACCAGUUUUCAGAGAGCUGUAAGGGCCACUAUAGGGUCGUGACCUUCUUCGAGCGUAUGCUCAGCCCAACUGCAGAGCGUGGCCAAGAUGGGAAGUGGCGCAUGACUGGCCCCCUUUCUUUGGUGGUGACAGAAAAAUCGACUACCAGCACGGACUUGGUCGCCGUAGCCGAGGAGGACAACAUCGCGCUUAACACGGAUCAUUCUGGGCUUGUCAAGUAUGAUUCCAGGAGCCAGGGCGACUAUACCAUCGUCAGAGAACGACUAAGAAGACUUGUCGAUGAGGCGAGGCUAGAGGUCGCCAAACGAUUUGCCGAGCAUAGUAUAUAG